AUCAGUUUAGUGAGCCUGCGUCCUUUCCUACUCUCAGUCUGAUGAAGUCAGUGCCUGGAACUGGAUUCUCCAAGAAACUUAGAUACGAUGCGACCUCGGCCGUCUGGGAGAAGCUGAUAAAAAGCAGAUUUUGUGGUCCGAAAAGCUUCGCCUUUUCCUUUUCUUCUUUUCUUUUUGUGAAGAGGUUGAUGGACUCAGGAUCGUCAUGAUACCAUGGUUGCCCAACUGCUAGGGCUGGCCUUUUUGUUUCUAGCUUGCAGCCCCGUCCCCUCGAAGGCAGUGGAGGUGCAGGUCAAUCCCAACUGGGAGGUUGUGUACCAGAACACCGAUGUGUACGGGGUGCUGGGAAAAGCGGUGAUCCUGGAGUGCGGCACCACCUUGCCAGACAUAUACAUAUGGAGCUUCACAAAACCGGGAACCGAUGCCAUCAAGGCUGUGGUGUACAAUUUGGGGAAAGGACAGCGGCUCCAGCAGCAGGCCCAGACGCUCGGGCAGCUCUCGGUCAUCUCAAACAGUGCAGCCGUGAGCAUCGAGCAACUACCCGUGGCCGCACAAGGCCUGUUCACCUGUCAGGCCUUCUAUGACAUAGAGCAGGAGCCCAGGGUCUUCUACUACUUUGUGUACCUCACUGUCCGAGUCCCUGUCAGCAAGCCGCACCUCCUGAUGAGUGACGUAUCUCCAGUGGAGGGUUCUUCGGUGUGGAUGCGCUGCCAUCUGGAAAACGGGACCGGGCCGAUCCAGUAUGCGUGGCAGCACGAGACCAGCGGCGGGAACAUUUCUGCCUUUGCACUGGGCAACGCCAGUGUCAUCAACGUGACCGACAUCAACCGCAAUCACACCGGCUGGUACCGAUGUGUGGCCAGCAACGCUGUCAACAGCGAGAGCUCUGACAGGUUGUGGCUGAACACCUUCUUUGGACCGGACGUCCCUCGGAUAGACGUUUCUCCUUACAGCAUAACAGAGCGGGGAUAUUCAGCCCUGGAGAGAGACACUGUCUCAUUACAGUGUCAAGCCCAGUCCAACCCGGCCAGUCAGUACGUCUGGUUCUACAAUGAAUCCCAGAUCUACACCGGGCCGCAGUUAACCAUCACCAAGAUCCUCCGCAUGCACACUGGCGACUACGCCUGCUUGGCGCAGAACACCUACCUCAACACCCGCUCCAAAAAAUCCAUCAGCCUGACUGUCUACUACCCGCCCGACGGCAACCCCACCUGUUCUGUGGAGCCGGCUCUGAAUCACACCGCUCUGAGACUUCUCUGCUCCUGGCCCGGUGGAUUACCCUCCCCCUCCCUCCACUGGACAGGACCCUUGCCCUCGGAGGCGGGACAAGACGGGGCUGACACACGGCUGCAAACAAAUCCAUUGGCCAACACUGCCAUCUUGCUGUCGUCUGAAGACCUGACUUCCAACAGCAGCCUGUAUACCUGCAGGGGCUCCCACCUGGCACUCAAACAAUCAACAGAGUGCAGCGCACGCACAUAUAUUCCCCCUGCGGAGCCACUGUGUUUUGCCUACGUGACCAACAAUAAAGAGUAUCUGAUGCUAUCCUGCACCUGGGACGGUGGGGCCCCAAAAGCCUUGGUGUGGUGGGAGGGCCCCGGCGUCCAGGGCAAAGGGGGGGAAGAAAACUCCAACAUCCUGAUCCUUCGCUACGGCACCGCCCGCGGCGGGAAACCCUACACCUGCUACGCAAAGCACCCACUUCUGGUCCAGACCAAGACCUGCAGGCUGACACUGGAGGCUCCGGUGCUGCUGACGCAGCGCAGAGUUGUGUCCGUAUACCAGGGGAGUGAUGUUCAGCUCAACUGCACCCUGAGAGCCAACUACCCUUCCUGUCAGCGAAAUACCUUGGUACAAAUAAUCAGGGUCGUGGGGCGACACCGGGGAAUAUCAGUUGCUCCUCUUCCAAGGCCGUUGGGAGGAGCAGAAAUCAACGUCACUUUAGUGGUUAAGAGGCACCCCGUGCCACCCAAUGCCACCCUGGUCAACGUGAUUUACAACAGCCGAAUGCGCAACGAGGUGGAGCUGGAAUGGCGGGUAGAGGACGAGGAAGGAGGAGGUUGGACAGGUUUCAUCUUGCAGCACAUUUGGGUGUCAGAAAAACCGGGAAGGAGAGGCAGCAACAAUGAUUCAAAGGAGGACGCGGAGGAUCGGAUCGGUGCGCCGGUCUGGUACUCCAACAUCAUCCAGGACCCGGGAGUCAGGGUUCAUACGGUCGGGAAACUGACGCCGACCGUGACGUACCGGUUCCGCAUUACACCUGUCAACCACCGCACCGUGGGACAUCCUUCCGCAGCAAAGACUCCAGCGGAACCACGCUACAACGUGUACCCUGCUGUGAUUGGAGCAGCUGUAGGCGGGAUGCUUGUUGCGGCCUUCCUCACAGCGCUGCUGCUCGUGUUCAUAAUCCGAAACCGCAACAACAGUCCUCGGCUACAUGACAUGCUGUUUGGUUUGCAGCACAGCCAGUCGAGGGAAAACAUCAACUUUCCAGAGGAUGAAGUGGUAGGCAGGUUGGAGGGAGGAAUGGAGGAGAUCAUGGGAUCCUCUAGUCCAGCUCCAGCCAUGGCUUUACCCCGGGCAGCAUCGCCCCUCAACGCCUCCCCACGCAGCGCCCCCCUCAACACCAGCCAAGCCCCGCCCCCUGGAGACGACAACGAGCCCGUCAGCGUCACCAUCACCGUCAAUGCUACAGGAUCAUAGACUAGUCGGACAUAUAGUAUAAACUUCUUUGGUCGUAAGUUAACACAGAAGUAAUAGUUCUGUUGGCAGUAUUUAGCAUGCGACUUUGAUAACGGUUAAAUGUGAGUUUUCUUGUUGAUGAGACAGCACCUGCUGUUUCCUUAUCUAACAAUUUCAUACAAAAGGCUUUUAUAUAUUUUCAUUUCAAGUUUUGGCUGACCUCAAAGCAAAUCCUAAAAUGACGUUUUUCUUGAGGUAGUUCUUAGUCAUUAUAAGCAUAAUCCAUCAAAACACACAAUGGGUUUAUUUUCAAUAAUUUAAUCAAGACUUUGUAUCGCCGUGAACACAAUUAGAACAAAUUAAACACACACAUACAACACUUGGCUUUAUCCAGAUGUGUGUAUAGCACUAAACACUCAACCAAAUGGCUGACUUAAGAAAGUGUAACAUCAACAAUGUCAUCAAACGCUCAACCAAUUCUCACAAGAAUAGAAAUGCCAGGAAACAAAAGAGUCUACACACAAACACAGGCUUGAAGGAGAACACAUUUCAAAUACCAGUGAAAAAGAUAAACAUCAGCAGGUUCUCCCUCCAACGUCCGUAGCAGUGUGCGUCUCUAUGCAGAGGUCGCUUAUACGAUGGGAGGCAAAAUCUUCUGAGUGCUGAUGAUGUCUCCAAGCUUCUGUUUUAUUUUCACAAAGAGACGCUUGAACUCGAGACCGUCACCCUGGAAACAGAGUUGUGAUUCAUUUAGUUAACUUGUUUUGGAAAAUACAUAUUGAUCUCUUUCAGCUCUGGUACAGGUACAUUUUGUUUUCAUAUUAAAACUCGUUACUCAUAAACUCAAAAGGUGCGAUCAUGAGGUCGUUUGGAUGAACAUGUAAAUCAGCAAUCGGACAGUUUUGGUGACUCAUCAGCUCGACAUGAACCCAUAGCGUGGAACUCAGAACAAAGCCUUUUAUAAAUAAUAACUCUUUUCUCAA